AUGCCGAGUGCGGCCGAUCUUCUGGAGAUUCGCGAGGGCAUCAAGCGCAAUUUCCUUUCUGCUCUAGACGCCAAGAGCCAGACUCAGUCUAGUAGAUCAGUCAUUGCAGCUGCGCUCAAAGAUCCAGAGAUCCCGCAGGAGGAGAGAAGCAUCGACCGUCUGAUGGAUGAAGGGACCACUAUUAUUUUCGCUGGGACGGAAACUUCUGCGCGAGCCAUGAGUGUGGCCUUGUUCCAUCUGCUCGACACCAAGUCGCAUCUGAAGAAGCUGCGAGAUGAACUCAGCUCCAGCCCGGGGACUCGAGCGAGCAAAGAAUGGACUCUCUCCGAUCUAGAAGCUCUUCCAUUUCUGACCGGCGUCGUGAAUGAAUGUCUUCGCUUAUCCUUUGGUGCUGUUGGACGUCUUCCGCGGGUAGCCACGCACGAUGCACUGCAGUACAGAGACUAUAUAAUCCCACCAGGCACUCCUGUCAGCCAGUCUACCUACUUCGUCCAUACAGAUCCAGCAGUAUACCCCGACCCAUUUGUCUUCGAUCCCGAGCGAUGGAUCAAGGCUGAGAAUGACGGCGUGCCGCUGGGAAGGUACCUAGUCAGAUUUACCAAGGGAACACGCCAGUGCCUGGGAUUGAACAUGGCGUACGCCGAACUCUACAUUGCUAUCGCUAGGAUCGCGCAUACAUUCGACAUGGAGCUUUACGAUACAACUCAAAAGGAUAUCGAGGUUUAUCAUGUCCGUUUGGUAGGGUAUCCGAAGAAAGUGCGCGGGCAGUCGCCAGGAAGGGGCCAGGUCAAGGCCAAAGUGACCGGCAUAACCGAAGCGAAGGCUAAAUAA